AUCACUGGAAAUUGAAUAGCGAUUAUUAAAAGGAUCGGCAGACGAUAAAUUAUGACCGAUCGAAAGGUGACCGAGAUGAUCCUUAACAAAUUUGAAAUGCAAUAUAUAUAUAUAACGUAAGGACGAUAGAGAAGGAAACUCUUGACGACAAAAUGUUCUUGCAAACAUUCUAACCAUAGUUGAUAAAAGGAAGAAAAGAUGUGAUAUCGUUGAAAUACGGAGAACUUUUGAAUGUACGUAUGUAACUAGGUAUGCAGGAGCUGUAAUAGGAGUGCAUCAUUUUUAACGGAUAAUAAGUUAGUAACGAUUUUGCUUGUUAAAUCAGUGGAAAAUUUGCACCGUUAUUUUCGUUAUUGGCUAUAGUCGUCGAUAGUGGUCCUUUAUCGUAGCCGUUCCAACGAAGAGGUUCGGACGGUUGCACCACAACGACGAGCUGUGUUGCAAUGUUGAUUGGUGACUGAUUGCUACCAUUACUGUCGGGAUACAGCUGUUUCCACAUGUGGGGCCCGUUGCGGUCCGUAUAACCGAACGUGAACGGAGGAAAAUUGCAUUCGUUUUCUACCCAGGGAAAUAAUUGGGUCCAAUCCAGAACUUCGGUCAAUAGCAAAACUAGUAACGAACGGUUCCACGUAUAAAUGCGAUACGAUAAAUUAUAAGGUAGGGAAAAACGGACGAAUCGUCUUACAAACGAGGAGGACGCUGCUACAUAUGAUCAUAAAUUCCGAUGCUGAUAUAUUUAUCAUUUUCAAUGACCGUUCAACAAAAUUUUAUCGGGUGAUACGCAUCGAGCUCUGCGUAAAAUUUCCGAUCGCACAGGUUUCCUUACGUAGACGUAUACACGCAUACAAGAAUUUCACUUGUGAAUUUUAAAGAAAACAUCCGAUAAAAUAAUCAGCUGGCUAUCCGGGCAAAAUGAAGGAUCAACGGAUAUCGAGCACGACGGUCUAUUUGAAUAUAACUUCAUAGAAAAAUCGCGGUUUAAUUGUUCCGACCUCGAUACCGCGAUCGAUGUUACGUUAUUUCUUUUUGACAGUUGGCAAAGUUAAAUUGCAGUAGUAAAAAUAUGUGUACGAAAUGUGUUCUAUAAGAUAAUACGUAAUAUAUAAUAACGUGCGAUCGGGACUCGUUAUCUAAAAUAAUGAGAACAAUCGUUGUAUGAAAUAAAAUGCAGUGUGCAGGUAAGAAUAUCCUUGCGAAUUCGUAACCUUCAAAAUUUUUGACCCGUACUAUCGUCGUUAUGGUCGAAGGUGAUGGUCGUCGAAAAUGGGGUCAAUCCCCGGUCGAUAUCGACGAGAACAACGCAAUCGGGAUAAAGUUCCCUGCGCUUAUCAUGAGUGGUCACUGGAGUCAACAUGGCGAAGCUAAAAUGCGAAAUAUCGGCAGCACAGUUCAAAUAACGCUGGAAGGUAAUAGGAGUGCGGCAACGAUUCGCGGUGGUCCGCUUGCAAACGACGUGUACGAGCUGUCGGAAGUGGUAUUUCGAUGGGGUUCGUCGAAUUGUAAAGGUGCGGAACACACGUUGAAUGGCACUUGGUUCACGAUGGAGGCGCAAGCGAUACACUUUAAUAAAAGAUACGAGACGAUCGACAAUUGUUGGGACAAACACGACGGACUCGCGAUUUGCGCUUAUUUUCUACAGGCCUAUCAAGUUCCAACUUGGGACGAACAUCCGUUGUUUUCCAAGAUCACGGACGACUUGCAUAAAGUUACACAGCCUGAUUCGUGCACAAAGUUAUCACCAAGUAUGCCACCUUCGUUUCUUUUACGAGUAAUUAAAAUAGCGUUUCGAAUGCAUCGAACGGGAUAUUUAAGACGAAUCGAUCGCUUACAUAUAUCGUAUAAAGGAUUCUUCCGUUUUGUCGUAGAUUGCUUGUGCUGGAUGAGACAGGCUUGUCAAACAGCCGGUUAUUACACGUACUUGGGCUCGAUCACGACCUUUCCGUUUCACGAAUGCGUUACUUGGAUCGUUUUCCCAGAGCCAGUGAGGAUUUCGGAAAAUCAGACGGAAUUGUUUCGUAUGAUACGCGACAAACAGGGCAUGUGUAUCAAGGAAAAUUGUCGAGAAGUACAAAAAUUAAGCGGUCGUGUGGUUUAUUAUGUCAAUUAA